AUGCAUACAGCCAGAUUGCUCUCAGCCGCUCCGUCUACAGUUCGCCAGGCUGGCCAAUCUACACGUACUCAGCCUUGGAAAGCCUUCUGGCCGCUCAAGGCAGAAAACUUCAAAUCAGAAGAGCGCGCCACCAUGCCGUGGCUUACGUGGAAGCCGGACCCAAAGAGACCUGAUGAGAAGCCCUGGAGACAGUGGAGGCUUGUGAAUCAGUCAUGUGUUUCGCGAAGGGGAGCGAGUGCAUAG